AUGGUGAAGACAGAAAGUUCUAUCUCCGGGAUAUACGAUAUGGAGAUGAAUUGCUACGAGUUUCGGUGCACCCGCCAUUCCCCGUAUAUUCGCGCUAUUCAUGAAGCGGUCGAUAACGGAACAGACAAGUGUAUGGUAUUUGAAUGGAUGGAUACCAAUCUCUGGACAUUAAGGACGAGGGCGCAAGAGCUACGCCAGCCGUUUCUAAAGGUCACGGCCAGGUCUAUCCUCGAAGCUACGAAGCCUGAGUUACAACACGAGAUGCAGGCUCCUCUCAUUUUGCGGAUUGAUCGUUGA